GCCUCACCGUCUCGGCCAGUUCACCAUCCCUCCUUCCCUCCCUCCGUCUCGCCAUCGUCCCGCCGCCUCGCCGAAACUUACCACAAGUGGAAGGACGUACGGUGCGGCGUGAUGCUCACCGGCGGAUGGAUCCGUGUCGUCUCCGUCUGCGGCGCCGGUUCUAUAUUUGAUCUGAGCUGGUGAACUUGAUCUUUGGAGAAGCUGAAUAUAUAUUCUGUUCCCCUCGACAUCACCGAUCUUUUCAGUUCAUGGGAUUCACUGAUGGAGCCUGAAAUUAGCCUGAGUUUCCUGGAAGUAGCUACCUCGAGAGCGCGAGGAAAUAUGAUCACAGUUGCCUCGUCUCAAUCUGUAUUAUAUAUCUGCAGAGAAGUAAUGGUGCUGACGUUACAUCCUCUGUAUUGUUCGUAAAUUGAGAUUCAGAAGUCGUAUGCAGUAGACUAUAAGAUCCUUGGAGAAAAGGCAUUGGAGUUGACACAAUGGUGCAGACUUUUUACCUUCUAGGGGAAGUUAGAACUGACCAUAAACCAGAUAAACAAUAUAAAUAAGGAAGGGAAGUGGAGAAAGAAGGGCAAUGGGUUGAAGCAAAGUUUUGCAAGGCCAAAAACUGAUGCGAUCAACUUCUAGGGGAAAAUAGGCUGCCCUUAGGUCAGGGAGGUAUCAGGGGCAAAUAUGGGAUUGAACUUAUUUGCCUGGGGCAAAUAAGGAAUUGAGGUGUUUUUGUUCCAUAAAAGGGGUUGGACCCCUAUUCCUAGCCACAAUUCUUGGUCUUUGCACCUCUCAACCUUCUUGCUGAAGUAAACACUCAUAGGAUGGGCGGCAGUAGAUCUUCAUCGGAGUUGACACAGUCAAACAAUCAUGGUGCCAGAUCAAACCUUCCAGUCUCAACAGGAAGGCCAUUGACACCAAUCUUCUCUGGUCAAUCUGGAUCACUUUCAGGUUUUCGCCAUGCUGGUUCACUAGCACCAAGGGGUUCUUCAAUGACUGGCAGUCCAACCUUAGGUGUUCAACAACCUAGGGGUAGUAUUUCUGGUGCUUGGUUUCCUUCAAAUAGUAUUCCAGCAUCCAUUUAUCAGAUUUCUCAUGGGUAUUCUGCUCUCAGCAACCGAGGAGGUAUGCAUGUUGGGGGAAGUCCUGUUUUUAUCGCUACUCCAGUUUGGGGGAAUUUUGGCCCGCGAAUAACAACUUAUGUGGGUAAUAUUGCUGGUCGAGGCAACACUGGGAGAACAAUAAGCUCUGCUGGGCUGUCUAUGCCUACUGUUGCAUCCCCUGUGAAUUUCUCUGGAAGUAGGGCUCUUAACAUCCGGGGAUCAAACCAAAUGGGUGGUAUUCAUCAACAAGAAUCACCAGCUAUGAAUAUGCUUGGAAGCUCUAGUUCAGCAUCUGGAGGAGCACUAUCUAAGAACCAAUUGCAGGCAGGAAGCAGUUCGUCUGGUUCCCCAGGAAUGGGACAUGAUGCUAACUUUGGUGAAAAUUCUCCAUUUGACAUCAAUGAUUUUCCUCAAUUAGUUGGGCGGCCUAAUUCUGCUGGAAAUGGAUCACUACAACAUCAAGCGAUUGGUAUUAGUCCUGUUCAGCAAAAUCAGGGAUUUAGAAUUCAUAAUGAGGAUUUCCCAGAGUUACCAAGAUUGGAAGGUAUGGAUUUGCAUCGCAAGGAUCAUCUUCCUAAGAAUGCAAAUAUUAUGCAAGCACAGCAUUAUCCUAUGGGCAGAUCAUCUGACUUUAACUCAGGCAGCAGUUACCCACCCCGUCAACAACCUAAGCAGACGGCUAAUUCGGUUCAAAAUACUGGGCUUGAAAAUACUGGACCAAGGCCAGUAAAUUCUCCAAGUUCAUCUUUAAAUCCGAGGCCUCAUGAACAAGUUAUCCAGCAAAACCAUGAACCACAGGCUCAGAAUUCAGUUAGGCUGCAGUCAUCUUCAGGCCCAGAGCCUCACCAUGCUCAGAGUCCCAAGUCUUCUCAUGGAACUGAUGCUGCACAGGAUCCAUAUGGCUUACAUGGGUUAUUGAGUAUAAUGAAGUUGAAAGAGGAGGGACCAGCAUCUCUCGCUUUAGGGAUUGAUUUGACAACACUAGGGUUGGAUAUGAACUCUUCAGAUCCUCUUUACAAGACAUUUACCUCUCCAUGGUCAAGUGAGCCGCCAGUUAAAGAAGAGUAUUACUAUGAAACUCCGAAUUGCUACUCUGCUAAGCAGCCUCCACCCCUUAUGUCAUUGCUCUUUCAGAAGUUUCACAUCGUGACGCUAUUGUACAUCUUCUACAGUAUGCCACAAGAUGCAGCUCAGUUAUAUGCAGCGAAUCAACUAUACAAAUACGGGUGGCUUUUCCACAAAGAGUUACGUCAGUGGCUUAAAAGAGUUCCUGAUGUGACCCCUCUGGUGCAAACUACAACUUAUGAACAAGGACCUUACAUUUUUUUCAAUCCAAACAUUUGGGAUGCAACUUCUAAGGACAACUUUAUUCUCCGUUAUGACGAUAUAGAGAAGAUACCUGCCCUUCCUCCUCUUCUUCCUGCUGUCCGACAUUGGCAGUGAGAAUAUACAAGCCAAUGCACUAGGUUCUUCGUGUUGAAGGCUAAGUUUCAUGGCUUUGAUCAAUUACUGUUAUUACUAAGGGUAUUUGCAUGCUGUUCUGGGAAACGGAGCUCCUGCUUUGGCCGGCAUUUGUGGUAGCUGCAAAAUACUGCACCGUUGGCUGCAAUCAGUUGAACCCAUUUUAAGUUUCGAAGCAAAGUUGAACCCGUUUUAGUUCUGUUCCGAUCUUGUGAUGGCCGAAAUGUUGGAUGUUUAAACCUGUUUUACCUGUACCAGAUCAGUUGUUUAAAUUAUCAGGUACCGAUAUUUUGGAUCUUGAAUCAGCUCUGUUUGUUCCUUCGGUAAUUUGGUUUGGUAAAAUUUUGCUCUGUUGUGAUCCAAGCAACAGA